AUGUCCGGUUUCAAGUCGCUCGAGCUCUCGCAGGGCUGGCAAUUCCGGGAUGCUAGCGAUACCAGUCCAGAAGCGUGGCGUAGCGUUUCCAAGGUACCAACCGUUGUGCACCUCGACCUCAUCGAUCACGGUGUAAUACUCGACCCGUUCAUCGGGAUGAACGAGCUUCAGGUGCAGUGGGUGGGUGAGCGAGACUGGGUAUAUCGGGUCGAGUUUGUGCCACCAAAGCUUGAGGCCGGUCAACGGUGCGAUCUCCUCUUCGAAGGCCUAGAUACUAUCGCGACUGUCAAACUGAACGGCGAAACCAUCCUUAAGAGCGAUAAUAUGUUUGUUCCCCAUCGGGUUGAUAUUACGAAACAUUUGGUCCCGGAGUCUGGCAGCACCAUGACGCUUGAUAUCUUGUUUGAGUCUGCUCUACUGUGUGGACGGGAGCGUGUUAAGCAACAUCCCGAGCACCGGUUUAUUACACAUCAAACGGAAGCUGGGAGGAGUUCGGUCCGAAAGGCUGGGUAUCAUUGGGGCUGGGAUUGGGGUCCUAUUCUGAUGACGGCAGGGCCGUGGAGGCCAGUUCGGCUAGAGACCUAUACGGCUAGGGUGGAGGACGUGUGGGUGGAGAGCGAAGUAAGCCAGGAUCUGAAGUUCUGUCGAGGUCGUCUUAAAGCCCAAGUGUCUGGGAGACCAGGAAGUAGCGUUCACUUCAAGCUUCUACUCCGGAAUAAGGUGCUUUUUGAGUCUGAAGUAAGUGCUACGGGGGAUGGGUUUGCAGAGACAGAAUUCGUGAUCCAGAACCCAGCACUAUGGUAUCCGCGCGGAUAUGGUCGGCAAGACCUGCAUGAAAUCUGCGUUAAUCUCAUUGACAAUCAUGAGGUACAACAUGAGGUCUCCAAGUUGACCGGGUUCAGGAGUGUCGAGCUUGUUCAAGAGAAAGACAAAUACGGCCAAUCCUUCUUUUUCAGGAUUAAUGGUAUUGACAUUUUUGCCGGCGGCUCAUGCUGGAUACCGGGUGACAGCUUCCUUCCUCGAUUGACUCCCGAGAGGUACAGCAAAUGGCUCGAAUUGUUGGUAGAGGGAAAUCAGAAUAUGAUCCGCAUCUGGGGCGGCGGGAUCUUUGAACCGUCCACCUUUUACUCCACUUGUGACGAGCUCGGGAUCUUAGUCUGGCAAGACUUCAUGUUUGCAUGCGCUUCAUAUCCCACCUAUCCAUCCUUUUUGUCGUCCAUCGAGGAAGAAGCACGUGUGAACGUCAAGCGUCUUCGUCAUCACCCCUCCAUCGUGAUAUACGCAGGAAGUAAUGAAGACUACCAGAUUCAAGAAAAAUAUCAUCUCGACUAUAACUUCGAGACUGACAAAGAUCCGCAGUUGUGGCUCAAGUCAACAUUUCCUGCCAGGUACACCUAUGAGUACCUAUUGCCGAAGGUUGUAGAGGAAGAAUCACCCACGACACCGUACCACCCAACAAGUCCCUGGGGAGGAGGAAAGCAUUCAGCAGAUCCCACAAUAGGAGAUAUCCAUCAGUGGAACAUCUGGCACGGAACAAUGUUGCCUUAUCAAAACUUUCCCGAAGUUGGUGGGCGGUUUGUCAGUGAAUUCGGAAUGGAAGCGUUCCCACAUCGAGCGACAAUCGAGCAAUUUAUUAUAGAUGAGGAUGAGAUGUACCAUCAAUCUCUCACCAUGGACUUCCACAACAAGGCCAGGGACCACGAACGACGACUCGGCACUUACAUCCUUGAGAAUUUCCGAAUCAAAUCUGAUUUUCAGUCAUACGUACAUCUCUCUCAGAUUGCUCAAUCCGACGCUAUGAAAUUUGCGUAUCAGGGCUGGCGUCGACAAUGGGGCCACGGCCGCCUCUGUGGGGGAGCCCUGGUUUGGCAACUAAACGACUGUUGGCCGACGACCUCAUGGGCGGUGGUGGACUACUUUUUGCGAAAGAAGCCUGCAUUCUAUGUCAUAUCGCGGACUUUGGAGCCAGUUGCAGUUGGUAUUUCCAGAGCUCACAAGGAAUGGACAUCUGGACAUGCCAAACCUGCAGACUCGACCAGAUAUGAGCUUUGGGCCGUGACCAGCCAUCUGAAGCCGACCCGCGCUACGGUAAGCUUACGCUUCAUAUCAAUUCGAACGGGUGCAGAUGUGCAGCCAGAAGUUUCGUACCAGGUUGUUCUCAUUCCAAACGGUACAACGGAAGUAGCAAGUGGGGAUUUGAGUUUAAAAGACACAGAUGCAUUUGUGCUGAGUGCCACCCUGAGUAUUGAUGAUCAGGUAAUUAGUCGAGACGUGGAUUGGCCGCAACCUUACAAGUACCUCUCAUUCCGAGACAGGGGUCUAGAGGUCAAACUUCUUCCUGCGGAGAACGCGCUGUCCGUCACAGUCAAAAAGCCAGUCAAGGGUUUGGUCUUUGAGGAGACAGAUGGCGUUUGGCUGCAAGAUAACGGAAUCGACAUAGCCCCUGGCUAUGAGCACAUCAUUCCCGUCCGCGGAAUUCGUAGUGCCUCUGAUAUUCCACGUUGGACAUACCUUGGGGACGACAGCCUAUGA